AUGCGAGCUAUAUGGAAGCACGCAGGAUCCGUGCCACAAGCACCACGCCUCGAAGCAUAUCACUUCCGCGCGCGAAGCACAUCGUUUUAUGCGAGCAUAUGGGAGGUUAUAUGCUUCCAUUUAGAAUAUGCCCCAUAUAGCAUCCAUCGCGAACCACCUGUGGUCGCCCUGGUUGCAGAAGGGCGCACCACUGAGUUCAACCCCAGCCCCCUAUUGCAGCUAAGCAUCCACGAUAACCAGCACCAUCUACUCUUUUUUAGAGAAGAGACGAAUGGAAUUCAAUCAAGAGCACGGCAAAGGAUCGUGUCAAGCUACUGCUGA